AUGGAGGAACCCGGAAGACGCUACUUCCUCCGCCGUCGCCCCGAGAGCAUUGUGCACAACCAGCCCGAAGAUGACGAUACGGCCAACGAGGCUGAACUCACCACUCCGCCCGACUCGAGUACAGAUGCUAGUGUCAAUGCAGACAUGCCCGGUGAUGAAAUCGUCGUUGGUACUCAUUCCAAUGGUGAUAAGCCCUCGCCCCUCCGUGUUGUGUCGGAUGCGGAGCCGGAGCUUGAGGCUGAGGACGAAGAUGAUCGCCAUGUUGUUGCCAAACAGCACAAGCGAAAGCGUGCAUCUCACUUCGAUGAGCUGAACGAGGCGAAGUUGGAGACGGAUUCGGUGGUAAAUCAGGAGGUGUCCCGCUCUCGAGGCGUAGUCCGGUACGGACUUUUGAACACCCCCCAUCACGUCACCUUGGGCUACUGGCGUGAUACGAACGCUCCGAGCGAGCAGGCAGCCCAUGCGGUAAUUGGCUUCAUGGACAUCCGAGAUCGACUCCGUACUAGGAUACAGGGCGUGACGCGCAGUAACGAGCCGAUCAACACGAGGCUGUUCCCCAUUCCCCCUGGUCCUGGUGGCAGUUGGGUCACCUUUGAACGCGUCGUCUUCGAGCCCCAUCUUGUGGGUCUGGACCACAACGAAAUCAAGGAAUUUGUCAAGGUGCUCACCGAGGCCAUUCUCGCGGGUGACGUCGUUAUCAACGCACUAUCCGAUGCUGACGCUAUCACUGAAGCUAAACGUCGACUUGCUGCCAAUCCGCCGGCUGAUUCGCCCCAAAUGGCCCAAAUAGCAUGGGGGCCGGUGAUCCCGGAUAACGCUGUCGGCCGCCCUGAGGUAAAGCGUCGCCGCGUUACCAAUGGAGUAACUACUAUCGCCGAUACAGCUCGCUCCCAGGCAGGCUCUCAGGCCAUUCCUCCGUCUCCUGCGAUGUCCCAAAUGAUGCUGCCGCCUCACCCGCAGUCCCAACCUCAAGCGGCGUUGCUCGGUACGAGACCGACCCGUAUUCUCGUUGGGUGCUGGACGAGGUCAGCUGUAGAGAAUGACAGAGACCGGCAUGCAGUGUACGGCAUACUCGGCGCCAAUGACAUGUUCCGAGUAAAGUUGGUGCGUGAGACCAUGGACGGUAACUACAUGGAUGGCAACUUCCCAGUUGGAGCAGGUGCUCUCUGGAUCAGCUACGACGAAGUCAAGUUUCUGCCUCACAUUGAAGGCCUGAGUCGACCCGAGAUGAAGGAGUACGUCCGAGUGCGCCAAAGCCAGCUUGAUGCUGGCGAGACAGAGGCAGAACGAACGGCAAACGAGACCAAGGCGGUAUACGAGGCCCAAAUUCGUGCUGCUGUCAUGCCCAAAGGUCCGAACGGUGGAAAUGUGUCCUCCCGACACUCAAUCGGCCUUGGUCUGGAGCGCGAAGAUCACCACGAGGGACACAAGCAGGAGCUUAACAAUGGUAUCCAUGAGUCGAGACAUGGUCGCCGCGAGAUGUUGCCACGCAACGUACACUCGGCACCUCAACAUGGUAUGGCCGAGCCCGAUCUGCGACAGGUUUCCCGGCAUCCUAGCAUCGAGUCCAUCGAGCGUGUGCAGGACCUUGCUGCCCGUGAAGUUGCCCGAAUGGAAGCAGUCCAGAUGCGCAAUGAGCGUCACAUCCAGAGCCGCGGUGUGAUGCCUAAUCCCAACAUGAUGGUCGACCCCAUGGAACACCACCGAAAUUUCCAGGAAAACCGCGACCGCAUGCAGAGGGUUUGGGCCGCCCAGGAGCAGAACCGCAUACAACAAGCUAUUGUGGAGGAUGCCAAGAUGCAUCAGGGUGUGAAGUACGAACGAAAACAGACUGGUCAUUUCGCGGGCAAGCUUGUAAGCCAAGGCACCAUCAUCAGCAUCGAUGGGGAGGACUACGUCGAGUACCGCGUGCUCACGAAGCCGUCAUUCUUCUAG